GGAAAGAGGGUCCUCGUCCGCGCUGAUUUCAACGUUCCUUUAGAUGAGAACCAGAACAUCACAGAUGAUACGAGGAUCCGGGCUGCGGUGCCUACCAUCAAGCAUUUACUGAGCAAUGGGGCUAAGGUCAUUCUUUCCAGUCAUUUGGGUAGGCCUAAGGGCGUUACACCUAAAUACAGUUUGGCCCCCCUUGUUCCCAGGCUAUCUGAACUCCUCGGGAUAAAGGUUCAGAAGGCUGAUGAUUGCAUCGGACCCGAGGUUGAAAAAUUGGUUGCUUCUCUUCCUGAUGGCAGUGUAUUACUACUCGAAAAUGUGCGUUUUUACAAGGAAGAAGAGAAAAAUGAACCCGAAUUUGCAAAAAAGCUUGCAUCUUUGGCUGAUCUCUUUGUGAACGAUGCUUUUGGAACGGCACACAGAGCACAUGCCUCAACUGAAGGUGUUACUAAGUUCUUGAAACCUUCUGUUGCGGGUUUUCUCUUACAAAAGGAACUUGACUACCUCGAUGGUGCUGUUUCAAAUCCCAAGAGGCCUUUUGCUGCUAUUGUCGGUGGUUCAAAAGUCUCAUCUAAAAUCGGCGUUAUCGAAUCGCUAUUGGAGAAAGUCGACAUCCUCCUUCUUGGUGGAGGCAUGAUAUUCACCUUUUACAAAGCACAGGGACUUUCCGUAGGCUCUUCUCUGGUAGAGGAUGACAAGCUGGAUCUCGCAACAUCUCUUCUUAGUAAGGCCAAAUCAAAAGGAGUCUCACUUUUACUCCCAACUGAUGUGGUGGUUGCCGAUAAGUUCGCAGCUGAUGCCAAUAGCAAGGUUGUGCCAUCAUCUGCAAUUCCUGAUGGUUGGAUGGGGUUGGACAUUGGCCCUGAUUCAAUUAAAACAUUCAGCGAUGCUUUGGAUACCACGAAGGCAGUUAUUUGGAAUGGUCCUAUGGGUGUAUUUGAAUUUGAUAAGUUUGCUGUUGGAACUGAGGCAAUCGCCAAUAAGCUCGCGGAGCUUAGUGGCAAAGGUGUGACAACCAUCAUUGGAGGUGGAGAUUCUGUCGCUGCUGUUGAGAAAGUAGGAGUUGCUGAUAAGAUGAGCCAUAUCUCAACCGGCGGCGGAGCGAGCCUGGAGUUGUUAGAAGGAAAGGAGCUUCCAGGAGUUGUUGCUCUUGAUGAAGCUGUCCCAGUUGCUGCAUGAGGCAGGUAAUUCUUCUACUUGAGAAUUACCUGUAUUUUUUAUGAAAUUUUUAGCAUUUAAGCCAGCAGGUUAUUAAGAGCUUCUUCUUUUGAAGCUUUUGAGGUUUACUAGAAUGUGAGGUUCAAUAUUCUUUCUGCCUAUAUUAGCUGGUUUGAAUGUGGGGAGAGCAGAAUCCUGAGUGAAGCUGAACAUUAUGUUGAUUUUGAUAAUAAACCUUCUUUGUAAUUAGUGUUAUUAUGCAAGUCUGUUUUGGAAUUAAAAGCAAGAUUGUAUUUGGUGGAGUAGAUCACUAGUAAACCUCAUC